AUGCAGGACGGGCGAGCACCUCGAAUCAAAAAUCGUGCACCUGCGGCGAUCCAGGUCACCGCAGAGCAACUGCUGCGAGAUGCCCAGGAACGUCAGGAGUCCCAGUUUCGUGCCCCGAAGCAACGGGUUGAAGACUUUGAAGAACUCCACGAGUAUCGCGGGCGGAAACGGGAGGAAUUUGAGAAGCGUAUACGACAGACGAGGAGUAAUAUCAAAGAGUGGCUCCAGUAUGCGAAUUGGGAGGCUAGCCAAGGGGAAUAUGCUCGCUCGCGGUCGGUCUUCGAGCGUGCUCUGGACGUUGACCCGCGGAGCGUGCAGCUAUGGCUGAGCUACACUGAGAUGGAACUCAAGGGCCGCAAUGUCCAGCACGCACGCAACCUGUUUGACCGCGCGGUGACGCUACUUCCGCGCGUCGACCAGCUGUGGUAUAAGUACGUCUACCUGGAGGAGCUGCUCCAGAACGUGCCAGGCGCGCGGCAGGUGUUCGAGCGGUGGAUGCAGUGGGAGCCGGAAGACAAGGCGUGGCAGGCAUACAUCAAGAUGGAGAUGCGGUAUAACGAACUUGACCGUGCAAGUGCGAUAUACGAGCGGUGGAUCGCUGUACGACCUGAACCGAGAAACUGGGUGAAGUGGGCGAAGUAUGAGGAGGAGCGCACGCGGCUGGACAAGGCGCGGGAGGUCUUCCAGACAGCGUUGGAGUUCUUUGGGGACGGCGAGGAGGAGGUAGAGAAGGCACAGGCGGUGUUUGGUGCGUUCGCCAAGAUGGAGACCCGCUUAAAGGAAUACGAGCGUGCGCGGGUUAUUUACAAGUUCGCCUUGUCUCGCAUACCGCGGUCAAAAUCAGCGAACCUAUACGCCUCAUACACCAAGUUCGAGAAGCAAUUCGGCACACGUUCCACCCUUGAGUCUACUGUACUUGGCAAGCGGCGCAUCCAAUAUGAGGACGAACUUACACAAGACGGACACAACUACGACGCCUGGUUCGACUACUCGCGCUUAGAGGAAGGCGCGCUACGAGAUAUUCAAGAUGAAGGCGCGACGCCUGAAGAGAUCGAGGCUGCAAUAGGGCGGGUGCGGGAGGUCUAUGAGCGCGCCGUCGCACAUGUCCCGCCUGGUGGGCAGAAACGCCACUGGCGGCGGUACAUCUUCUUGUGGCUAAAUUAUGCGUUAUUCGAGGAGAUUGAAACUAAGGACUAUGAUCGCGCACGGCAGGUGUAUCAGACUGCUAUCCGGGUCGUACCACAUAAGCAGUUCACAUUUGCCAAGCUGUGGCUUAUGUUUGCGAAGUUUGAGCUACGUAGAUUCGAUCUACCUGCAGCGCGGAAGAUCCUGGGAGUCGCCAUCGGCAUGUGCCCCAAGGAAGCGCUGUUCAAAGGGUAUAUCCAGCUGGAGUUAGAUCUGCGCGAGUUUGACCGUGUUCGGACGCUCUACGAGAAGUACAUUGAGUUCGACCCGAGCAACUCGUCCGCUUGGGUCAAGUACGCGGAGCUCGAGGCGCAGCUGGAGGACUUCGAACGUACCCGCGCGAUCUUCGAGCUCGGCACGACACAGCAGCCGCUCGCGAUGCCCGAGGUGCUCUGGAAGGCGUACAUCGACUUCGAGACAGAAGAGGGCAGCCGCGAGGGCACCCGCACGCUGUACGAACGUCUCAUCGCCCUCAGCGGACAUUGGAAGGUGUGGAUCUCGUAUGCCGAGUUCGAGGCCGGCGAAAUUCCCCUCGCGCGUGCGCUCCGAGAGGAGAAAGAGGACGAGGACGAGGAGGUGGAGAUGGUCCCGGGCGACGUGGAGCGCGCAAGACAGGUGUUUGAGCGCGGCUACAACGAUCUCCGCCGACAAGGGCUGAAGAACGAGCGUGCUGCGCUUCUGGAAGUCUGGAAGGCGUUCGAGGAGAAGAAUGGCUCGUCCGACGACAUUCAGAAGGUGCAGGGUAAGAUGCCUCUCGUCAGCCGUCGUCGCGUCAUGGAGGGCAAUGAAGCAGUACUCGACUGGGACAUGGUGUUCCCAGAUGACGAGAAGGAGUCCAACCCGACGUCAUUCCAAUUCCUCCAGAUGGCUCAUGCGUGGAAGAAGGCGCAGGCCGCGAAAGCCAAAGAAAACCCACCGGAGGCGACCUCUCAGCGCGCCGCGGAAAAGCAAAAGGCUGCACCGGGCAGUGCAGAUCGCGAGUCGCCCGAAGCACGCGACCGAGAGCAGGAUGCCACUAGCGAUGUGGCGAGUUCACACGGCGGCGACUGAUCGACGAUGCUGUAUUUUGUUUGUUACUUUGUAUUAUUGCGAGGAAAAUGCCUGCAGGUGC